AUGGAUGUGUGUGGGCGGCGACUGGGCGCACACACCUGCACCUGUGCAGAGGCCCCGACCGACGGUCGACCAAGAGAUGGCAUCGACCUGAUUGGCGCCAUCAAGCCAGGCCGACUCCCUUGCGUGCAUGAUAUCGCAGCCAUUGCUAUAAAUAAACGGUUAGACUUUGCCGAAAAGCCUACUUCCGCCCUGCCAUUGGCCCAUGCGGACAUGCAGCUCCCCAAUAGAGUCGACGUCGCCCAAGGCCAAGAGCCCGAGAUACUUGCGCAUACAUCGACAGUCGGUCAAGGCCAGUUUGACCACGGUCCUCGAUCCAAUGCGACCAAUGCGACUCUGCUUCUUCUAUCGCUCUCCAGCCGGUUCGGCGACCCAGCCCAAUCAGGCCUGGCACGGGCCAAAUAA